AUGUUUACUGGUGGUGGAUUGUUGAGACAGGCCCCAACUUUUCGCGCAGCUGCUUCAUUUUUGACUCCUAUGUUCAGAAGUACAGCAAGGAAAAUUACCCCACCUAUGGCAAGAGUUGCUUUCCCUGGCACUGCUUCAAAAGCUUCACCAAGGUUGAUGUUAUAUUUGGGGUUUACUUCCGCAGGGAUACUUUUACCUAACUUCAAGAGACCUGUGAUUCAUAACGAUAGUAUCUUAAGCACUUUAGACCCAAGCUAUUCCCGCUCUGACUUGACUACUACUAGACCAGUCCCUGUCACCCGUGAAAGAUUCAAUGGAAAAUUAAACUAUCGGCAGCUUUGUAUGGGUUCCAUUACCGGUCUUGCAUUCGGAAUUAUAAUGGGUAAGAUUUCUCACGCGCUAGUAUUUGUAUCCGCCUUUGGUUUGCUGGCGCUUCAAUGGCUACAAAGCCGCGGUAUCGUUAAUAAAGAUGCAACCAAGGGACUAUCUAAGUACGUUCUAAACAUGAGCCGGGAACAAGUAGACCUAAAUACCUUGAUAUGGGAAAAGCCAAGCUUUAAGGUUUCAUUUUUGUUGAGUUUUGUCUUAGCAGCAAUGAAUAUUUAG